CUCUGUUGUUGUUUUUCAAAUUUGUUGUACAACAUGGUACAAUAAUUUGCCAUACAAGAUAAAUUAGUUCAACAUAGCAUCAAAUGAAAGUACUACCUUAUGGUAAUAUAAGGUGGGUGCAAAAACGAUGAAGAGCUACCUAGGUACUCUCUUGGCUCCUUUUCCACUGAGCAUUCCUGUACAUUAGUGUAAGUGUUUGGGUCUCUGUCAAUGUGUGUGCACUUCUCCUACCAGGCAGGUCAUUUGAAGAAUCUAGAAUGCCCAACUUCAGUAGAAUAACAGGAUUCAUUCUUACGGGAUUUUCAGACAUCCAAGAGUUACAAACUGUCUCUGGAGUGUUCUUCCUGGUAAUGUACCUAGAAAUCCUGAUGAGUAACUUUCUCAUUAUCACUCUUAUCACCCUGGAUCUGAAACUUCAAACACCCAUGUACUUCUUCCUGAAGAACUUGUCCCUGUUUGAUGUCUUCCUUGUGUCCGUCCCAAUCCCAAAUUUUUUUGUCAAUAGCCUAACUCACAACAAUUCCAUUUCGGUUCUGGGUUGUGCCUUUCAGAUACUUUUCAUGACUUCUUUUUCAGCAGGUGAGAUAUUUAUUCUCACUGCCAUGUCCUAUGACCGCUAUGUUGCCAUCUGCUGCCCCCUGCAUUAUGAGGUCAUUAUGAGUAGUGGAACUUGUGUGCUGAUGGUGGCUGUUUCCUGGGUCACUGGGGUACUCUUUGGAACUGUAUACACAGCUGGCACUUUUUCCAUGUCUUUUUGUGGCUCCAAUGUGAUCCCACAGUUUUUCUGUGAUAUCCCCUCAUUACUAAGGAUUUCUUGCUCUGAAACACUUGGUGUAAUUUACACAAGUAUUGGAAUAGGCAUGUGUCUGUGUAUGUCUUGCUUUAUCUGUGUGGUUAUCUCUUACUUUUAUAUUUUCUCUAUGGUGCUUAAGAUUCCUACUACUAAAGGUCAAUCAAAAACAUUUGCAACAUGCAUCCCCCACCUCACUGUUUUCACUGUUUUCAUUGUUACUGCUUGUUUUGUCUAUCUGAAGCCACCCUCAAAUGUACCAUCAAUCACAGACAGGUUUCUUUCUGUGCUCUAUACUGUGUUACCCCCAGCCUUUAAUCCUUUAGUCUACAGCCUGAGGAACAGUGAUGUCAAGUAUGCUUUAAGGAAAUAUUCAACAUCCUUAGCCAUCAGAGAAAUG